CCAACCAACGCGUUACUCUCAGGGAAUGGUGCGGCUCGUAGUUAUAGUUCUGUCCGUGGCCCUCACGGUGACCCCCUCGACGGUGCAGGGCUACGCCAAGUACGUGAAGCUCGUCCCGAACGGUGGCAACGUGCCAGACAACUCAAACAUCGGACACCUGGACCCAGCUGGCGAGACUGGACUUAGCAAAUUCGGUGAAGCGUUCUCCACGGCUGGGAAUGCCUGGGCUGCUGCGCUUUGUCAGGAAGACACCGACGGAGAUGGAUUCACGAACGGACAGGAGCUGGGAGACCCAUGUUGCACGUGGACGUCGGGCACAGCUGGGCUAGUAACGGAUGGCGUUAGUGACCCGUCGGACGCCUCCAAGACCCCAACAAGCAGCGAACUUAAGGCAGGUUGCUCUAGUGGCGGCACAUCGACCUCUGCAAAUUUCACAGGUAGUGGCGACUCGGUGGGCGACGUGGUGGGCACAGUGUCCCCCGCAGGGCCUACCACGGGCGGCCUGCCUCCUGAUGACGACGAGGACGACUCGUCCGAGAGCGCCGUACUAACUGCUGGGGCCUCGAUGACGACUAUUAACAGUGUGGUGAUGGGCCUUGCAACGGCGGUGGCUCUUGCCGUGGUAUUGUAG